CAAUACACAAUAAAGCCCUAUAUAAAUGCAUCAUUCAUUCAUUCAUACAAGCAAUGAUGACAAUGAAUACCUGCUGAUCAUAGAGCCGAUUUGCAAAAAGGUGGGCAAACCGAAGAACUAUGGGAUGAUCUUAGAGGAGGUGGAGGAAGAAGAGCGACGGCAAGCUGAGCAGCAGCUAAAGGAGCAGGCGGCACAGAGGGCAGAGGCAGUGCAGCGGGAGGAAGGAGAGGCCCAACAGAGAGAUCAGUGCUGGGGAGAGUGGAAUCAGCGUCUUGAAGAGGUGAGGAGACAAGAACAUGACCUAUUGGAGUCUAAGUAAGAACCUUUAAGGAACUA